AUGACUGGUUACGAAACGCAGUUUUCUUCGGACACGGGAGCCCGGGUUGUGGCGGUGGUGGGUGCUGACGUGGUGAGCCCGUACGGCGGUGCCACGUGGGACGAAGUGAUACGACAAAUGGCUCGCAGAGUCAACUGGGUGGAACCUUCCGUGCAGCUUCUCGUCUUCUCCUCCUCGUCCCUCUCCCCCUCCUCCUCCUCCCACUCCCUCUUCCUCUCUGCCGCCCAGCAAGCCGAUCUCCUAUUGGCUGUCGCCGUGAACAGUGCCGAGUCCGCCGCCCAGCUCGUCCCUAUCUUUUCAGCCGCCCCUGCCCGGAUGGCCUUUGACUGCCACGUGUCGCUCUCUGAGCUCACCUCGCUGGGCGGGCUGAACCCGGAAAAGCUGAACCUGCCCCAAAAGCUCGCAGCAAAAUGGGGAUGGUGGAAGGAGGGCGCGAAGGCCGUUCAGACGUACACCCUGGUAGAAUCCUGCUGGGAGCGUCGCAGUGCAGACGACAUUUGGUUUGUCAUCCUCGCUCUCGUCAACGCCUACAUUGUCGACGUGCCCGCUCUGCGCAACCUGCGGGCGGCAGACUCGUCCUCUCUGCAGUGCAUGGUCGGCAACUGCGGGCCCAUCAUCAUCGAGUGUUUCCUGGACGAGCAGUGCCGCACGGCUAUCAACUGCCUCAAUGAGUGCGGUCCCACGGACCAGGUGUGCAGCUAUCGCUGCAUUGUCUCUUACGAGACCCCCAAGUUUGAAGCCUUCUCCCUCUGCGUCCUGCAGAAGCACAACUGCCUUGGUAUGACAGCUGAAAUCCGCGACCGCCCCACCGUGCUCCCCCUCACACACCUUCGCGGGCAGCCCGUCACGCACGAGCGGGCAGAAGAUAUUUUCGUCGGGUGGCUCGGACAGCUGCCCUGGAGCUGGCGGGUCGUGGCCGGGCAGAAUGCCGCUUACGACCAGUUCCCGUGCCAGUUUCAGAUAUUUUACCGAGGCAAGGCGCGAGGCUCGGUGUGGUACGACCCUGUUUUCACGAUCAACACUCUUGAUGGACGGUCGCUAUGGCGCCGCCGCCACUACCGCGUGCGACGCGGGAAGGUUCCCGGAACCUUCACCUUCACAGUGCUCGACAACGGGGUGAUCUCGGAGGAAUCCUGGCGAAUCGUGGACGUAACAGACGAUUUCCAGUGGGCGCUCUUUUACUACAGUGGCGCCGCACGGGCGGCAGGGCAGUCGUACACCGGGGCUGUGCUUGUGUCCAAGGAUGGUGAGUGGCCCGGACCUGAGCAUGCGGUUCGGCUCAAGGCUGCACUGGAUCGGUGCGGGAUCAAGGAGUGGGAGCUGUACCGGGUUGAUAACUCGUGCUGUGAGAAUGCGCCCUUGGGAUUGCCGGAUGAUGCUCCUGCUCCUGUUUCAAUAGCAUAA